ACAUUUUGUAAUUAGCUUUUAAUCUAGUCCGAGUUAUAAGGCCAGUUCUUUUUGGCUGAACUUUUGCACCAAUUCAUUUUUCUUCCUUUUCUCUUUAGAAAGAAAAAAAGAAGAAGAUGAACUAGUGCAAAAGUUCAGAUAAAAAGAACAGACCUAUAGUGUAUUUAUAGUCUAAGUUGACAAGCUUUUAAUAUUAUUCAAAAAUGUGAUGUUAUAUAUUAUUUUUUGUCAAUGUUUUGUUCCGGCAUACAAUGAGAAGAAUAUGAAUCUAUUCAGGUCUAUUGAAAUGCAUAAGCGAAUCGUACAGAUGUCUUAGCAUUUACGAAGUGGGAGCAUGUCAAGAUGAGAGAUGUGGCGGGGAGAGACAUACAUACUCGAAUAAAAACCGAAUGCCGUCUGUAGACACGACAGUCGGUUUUACUCCAGUUACUCGAAGGAUGAUUAUUCGUUCCAGAAAGAAACAUCAACGUGUAUAAACCUGUGAUCGUCAACAACUGUCCGACCAUCGCCUGAGCAGAUCGAUCACGAGCAUUCGAGUUUAUUGUUUAGAUAAAAUUAAGCAGAAUGCCAGGACAACUGGAGGAGAUCAAAGGCGAGCUUGCCACUUUCGGUAUGGGCUGCUUCUGGGCGGGGGAUUCUCUCUUUGGAGUACUGCCUGGUGUCAUCAGAACCUGUGUCGGCUACGCUGGUGGGAUCAAGGAGUCUCCAGCAUACAAGAACAUGGGAGAUCAUACUGAGGUCAUCAACAUCGAAUAUGAUCCAGAACUAGUAUCUUAUACACAUCUACUGAGUUUGUUUUGGAACAAUCAUGAAUAUAGUCUAACAAAAAAGAUUAAAAGACAGUACAUGUCACUGAUCUUAUAUCACGAUGAAGAACAAAAAUUACAAGCUGAAAAAUCUCGCGAGCAGGAACAGCGGAAGCGUGGAGAAAUCUUUGUCACAGAAAUUCAAAAGUUUUCAAAGUUUUAUCCAGCCGAAGAUUACCAUCAGAAAUAUCGACUGCAGAAUCAUCCAUGGCUGGUUGAAACAUUGGGCUUCAACACACGAGAAAUUUUGUGUGAGUCUCCACUAGCAGCCAAAUUGAAUGGCUACAUCGCAGGAGCUGGUACCUUGGAACAAUUUGAAAGAGAGUUACCGAAUUUAGAAUUAAAUGAGAAGUCGGUACAAUAUUUAACGAAAUAUAUUAUUGAGAAUCAAGGCAGUGGUUUGUACUGCUAGCAAAUCUAGUACAAUGGGAAAAAUGCAAAUAAUAUUUUUUACAUUAACGAAUAUAUAUUUGGACAUUCUCAAAUUCUUCGUAAGAAGAAUACAC